GUGGCAGUUUCUGAUUGACCUUCGGUCGAACUGCGUUGGUCCACUAUAUGAAUCCCCUCGCAUUUCAUCGACCCUUUAGCGCUCUCUCUCUCUCUCACGCGCAAAUUGGAAGCUGACGUUUGUUUCUCUCUUUGAUCUUGAUCGCAAUGGCCGAGAUUGAACUGAAGACUGCACCAGCUGAUUUUCGGUUUCCUACAACCAAUCAGACCAGACACUGUUUCACUCGCUACAUUGAGUUUCACAGGUGCUUAGCAGCAAAAGGAGAGGAGUCUAGUGAAUGUCAGAGGUUUGCCAAAUAUUACCGGUCCCUUUGCCCAGGUGAAUGGAUUGAGAGGUGGAAUGAGCAGAGGGAGAAUGGGAUUUUCGCAGGGCCUCUUUAAUCGAACUUCUUCACUUGGAUAACCUUGUUGGCAUGGAGUUUUUUCAGAUAGCAUUCUGUGUUUUGUUUGAAGCUAGUUAUUUGGUUUGAUUUGAAGCUCAAUGGAUUAAUAAGGCUCCUGAGACUCUUUUUGAACAUUGACACUUGAUUAUUGUUAGUAAGCAAGUUACUUAAGAGCUUGGAAGGGGCAUGGUGUGUUUCUGUUUUUCUGUUCUUUUUUUUUUUUUUUUUCAUUUUCGGUGUUUUUGAUGUUUCCAAGUCCCAUUUCACCUGCUGAUUGGGAAACGGAAAAUUGAGGAGAAAUGAAUGUAGGUUUUCUGGACUGCUCCUCACGAGCCAUCACAUUGUUUUGUUUCUUGUUGGUGCUUAAUGGAUAGUGUUUUGUUCAUUGCCA